AUGACUGAUCGCUGGUUACUCGUCGGUCAGGGUCACGAGUAUUGGGGGACCGUUUUGAAACACAUGGAGAGGAGCGCUGGGGAAAACGUUUUGGUUUCAACAAUCGACGAUACCAUACCAAACACCCCACACCCCUACCCACCGUUGCCCCCGUUGGCCGUUGACGCCUUGGGGCCUCCUCGCUUUGUCGCCCAGUGGAAAACGCGAUCUGUAAACAAACCGGUCCGCACACAGGAUUGCAUAUCAACCGGCUUCGCUGUGACAGGAGUCAUCCCAACUCUCGAUCAGCGUCACAAUCCGAGAAUGAAAAUGCUGGGCGCGGCCGCAUCUCUGACAGCGGUUGAUGGCGGACUUAUGCAUCGUCGUUUGGGGAGUAGGAGAGCCUCAGACGAUCUUGGUAUCAGAAGCUUGCCAGGCAUUUGGUUGGACGUGGCGCGGCUCAAGGGAAAGGCCGUGAAGGGAAGAGGUUCUCUCUUGCCUGGUGUUCCUACGCUGCUUCGCAGUCGAUUCGCAACUUUCCAUGAUGAUGAUCCAUGA